AAGUGAUAUAGAAAACAGACUCGUACUCGUUUUAUAUAUACACGGAAAGUCUUUUUAAAGAUAACACAAUAAUAGUGAUUAUCAAAGGAGAAUAAGAGAAAGGUUUGGGUUUCUUGUUCAUCAAAGAAAUCCCUAAAGCGAAGGUUAAAGGGGAGAAGAUCAAAUUGAGUAUUGACUCAAAAACCAAAGCAAGGAAAGCAUAGAUUAAGGUUGGGUGUUCAGAAAGUUUAGUAAUCAUGGGAUUCCAGAGACCAUCAGCAUCAUCAUCAGAAAGAUCGAGAGCCAAAUUGAGUCUCUUUUAUAUAUUUCUACUCUGCGUUGUCCUUUGUGUGUUGACCACUUUCAUACCUCUCUCUUCCCUUUCUACUCCAUAUAUUAGGAACUCUAAUUCUGGGAAACUAGGGCACUUAUAUGCACAGGAAGAGCAAGGCAAGAGUUCACUUGUGUUAAAGAAGAUGACGAGGAUCGGUGAAUUGAGCAAAGAGACGGAGCUACGGAGGAUUUUAAGGGGAUUGGGGUCAUCUCCACCACGGUGCUUCUCCAAAUGUGGAAGAUGCACGCCGUGCAAGCCUGUGCACGUCCCGGUGCCUCCAGGUACUCGUGUCACCGCUGAAUACUACCCUGAAGCUUGGAGAUGCAAGUGCGGCAACAAGUUGUACAUGCCAUGAUCGUUUAUAAACGAUAUAGAUACUCACAUAUAUACGUUAUAUAUAUGAUUUAUAUGCAGGUUCAUGGUC